GAGAACAGAUCCAUGUGAUUGAGAUCUGUUGCCUCAGAUCGCAACUCCUCUAUUUUACAGAUCUGAAAAAACUGCUCCUAUUGAUGCUGUAAGCUUACUCAUAUUAGCAGUGGAGGAUUGCUGGAUUUGAAAAGAUAUUGAUCUACUUCAGCGACACAUUAUGAGUUUUAUUCCUCCUGGAAAAGUCAAUUUUGUUAUUUAUCUGAUAGGAGGUCUACUGAGUUUUCCACUGCUAACAGAAUGUAAUAAAAUCAGGCUGGUUGGACCGUCACGCUGCUCUGGCAGAGUGGAAGUCUUCCACAGGGACACCUGGGGAACAGUGUGUGAUGAUCAGUGGAGCCUUGCCAACGCUGACGUGGUGUGUCGAGAGUUAGACUGUGGGACAGUCAUGGAGGCCAAAAAACAGGCCUUUUUUGGAGAGGGAAAGGAGGCGAUCUGGUUGGAUGAUGUGCAGUGCACUGGCUCAGAGACUUCCAUCCUCAAUUGUCAACACAGACCUAUCGGGGAAAAUAACUGUGGCCACGGUGAAGAUGCUGGGGUUAUCUGUUCAGACCAUGUAAGGAUGGUCAAUGGAACCAGUCGCUGUAAUGGCAAAGUGGAGGUUUAUCGUAACGGCCUGUGGAACCGAGUGUGCAGCAAUGACUGGAGCACGGACGAGGCUGAAGUCCUGUGCCAAGAGGUUAAUUGUGGCAGUCCUACGGCGCAGAUAGAGGUGCCUCACUACGGGGAGACAAACAUUAUUGGUGGAGUAAAAGUCAACUGUUUCAGAAAUGAGAGCUCUCUCUCUCAGUGCACAUUCCAGGAUAUGAAGGAAAACUGCGUUGAUGCCACAGUUCUCUGCACACAUAGUAGACCAGUCCGCCUGGUGAAUGGAACCAAUCGCUGCUCAGGCAGGGUUGAGGUUUACAAUGAAGGACAGUGGGGAACGGUUUGUGACGAUAGGUGGGGCAUGCAGGAGGCAGCUGUAGUGUGUCGAGAGAUGGACUGUGGGACCCCUCUCACGGUAAAGUACAAAGCCUUCUUUGGCAGGGGUCAGGAUCAGGUUUGGUUGGACGAUCUUGAGUGCACUGGUCAUGAGAAGGCCCUUGGCGACUGCCCACACAGAGGUUUUGGAGAACAUGACUGUGAUCACCAUGAAGAUGCUGGCGUUGUUUGCUCAGAAACAGUCAGAUUGGUCAAUGGGACCAAUGACUGCUCAGGCAGAUUGGAAGUCUACUCUGCUGGCCGAUGGGGGAAGAUGUGUAAUACCAACUGGCGCUAUGAGGAGGCUGCAGUGGUGUGUAAAGAAAUCAACUGUGGAGCUCCAAAGAGACAGCAAGAGUUGUUCAGUUAUGGUGAAAGCAGGCUGAGAGGGUUUACAAGUAGGUGCUCUGGUAAUGUGAGCUCUAUCGCGCAAUGUGGGAUUCAAGAUUUCGCAGGAAGAUGUGACGCUGUUUCUCUUACAUGUGAAGGUAGUCCACAGCUCAGGCUUGUCAAUGGCACUAAUCGCUGCUCUGGGAGAGUGGAGGUUAUGCACGAUGGCCAGUGGGGAACCGUGUGUGAUGAUGAUUGGGACCUGAGAGAUGCUCAGGUAGUGUGCAGAGCCAUGGACUGUGGAACAGCUCAGACUGCCAAAUCUGCAGCCUUUUUUGGUCAAGGCCAAGGAGGCAUCUGGCUGGAUGAUGUCAGAUGUAUUGGAAAUGAAACAUCCCUAUUGCACUGCCGACAUCCAACCCUUGGGGAAAACAACUGUGGGCAUGGUGAAGAUGCUGGUGUUGUGUGCUCAGCUGAUAUACGACUCAUCAACGGGACAGACCAGUGCUCAGGCAGGGUGGAGUUUUAUCAUAAUAACCGCUGGUCACCAGCAUAUGACAUCAACUGGCAGUUGACUGAAGCUGAAGUGGUGUGCCGAAUGAUGAACUGUGGAGAUCCAGUCAAGGUCUCAGCAGGAUUUGGCAAUGGCAGAGAAACACGAGGAUAUAAGGUCAGCUGUACUGGUAGAGAGAACUCUCUCACACAGUGCACCCUGAGAGAUUAUACCAGGACCAGCAGCGAUCGUGUUGAAGAGGCAGGAGUUGUAUGUUCAGGCAAUGUACGUUUGGCUGACGGGCCCAGUCGCUGUGUUGGAAGAGUGGAGUUCUAUGACAAAGGCCACUGGGGGAAUGUGUGUGGUGAGGCCUGGGAUGUGAAUGAUGCGAUGGUCGUGUGCAAACAGCUGGGCUGUGGGAGAGCACAUAAAAUCACCACCACCGCUGAUUAUGGCCAAGGAAGUGGACAGACCUGGAUUGAUCAAAUCGAAUGCAACGGAAGGGAGUCGACAUUGAGCCAGUGCCAACAAAGACCGUUUAGAGACAGAAUGUGCAACAUCACAUCUGUCGCUGGAGUUAUCUGUACUGAGGGUUUGGAGGUCCGUUUGUCCAAUGGUAAGGAUGAGUGUUCUGGCAGAGUGGAGGUCCGUCAUGGCGAGGACUGGUAUACUGUUUGUGACAGCGAGUGGAGCUAUGGCAAAGCUGGACUAGUGUGUAGUCAGCUGGAAUGUGGAGAACCAGUUGGCGCUCCCACGGGUGCCUUUUUCGGCCAAGGCAACGGAACCGUAGUGGAGGCUAAUGAUGCAUGUUUCAACAAUUCAGCAUCCAUUCAGCAAUGCUCACGCACCGGUUUCACAAUUUCAAGGUGUGGCCAUGAUAGAGAUGCUGGUGCUUCCUGUGCAGCACAGAUUCGGUUAGUUGGCGGUGCAGGUCAAUGCUCAGGCAGAGUGGAGGUCCACUAUAAAGGCCAGUGGGGAACCGUGUGUGAUGAUGAAUGGGAAAUGCAGAAUGCAGAUGUGGUAUGUAAACAGCUUGGCUGUGGUCAUGCAGUUUCUGCUCCUACAAGUGCCCAUUUUGGGCGGGGCAGUGGUCCAAUAUGGCUCGAUAAUGUGAACUGUAAUGGUGAGGAGGCAGCUAUAACACAAUGUCGGCAUCCUGGAUUUGGAGAAAACAACUGUGGGCACGGUGAAGAUGCUGGUGUGAUCUGUUUGGGUGCCCUGAAAAGGCCCCAAAUCACUUUAAAUCCAGGUCCAGAUGUAAACUGGGGAGACAGGGUUGAAAUCACUUGCACUGUUGCAACAGAACAUUUAGGUGGGACAUUUACACUGAAAAAAACCCCAGGAACAUUCAAAAUGGAGAAAUACUCUGAAAAUGAAGCUGCAACCUUUAGUUUCCCCAAGGUGGAUUUCGAACACAAGGGAUCAUACUUCUGUGAAUAUCAAAAGAGGCUGCCGAAUCAAGCCAUCAAUUACCCUCAAGGAGACCUCGCCCAGCUCGCUGUCACAGUGACACUGGAGAUUCCCAGCAUCUCCUUGACAUCCCCUCACGCCAUGGUGGUCUACAGCCCUGACAAAAUAUCAGUCAAACAAGGAAGCAGCUUCUCUGUCACUUGCUCCACUCACUCUAGAUAUCCUGGAGGUUACUUCUAUCUGAUGAAGUCCAAUGUGAGCACAACUGAAGCCAAGCCAGCUUUUGGCCACACAAUUUUCUACCUGGCAUACUUUGAAUUCCCUGCAGUGAAGUAUGAACACCAAGGAGACUAUAAAUGUGUCUAUAAAGUAAACAUCUCCUCUGAAUCCUUCUGUUCAGCACCCUCAAAGUCUCUCCAAGUCACUGUCAUUGUAGAGUCAUCCAGUUCAGUUGUCACAGGAGUUGUGGUUGGGCUCUUGGUGGUGCUUCUUGUGGUGGCAGCAGGUUAUCUGCUCUGGAAGAGGAGGUGGCGGCUCUCUGAUACCUUGGUACAGUUCAGUGACCGGUUUGGAGGAACCGUCAAGCCAGAUGUGGAUGAAAGAAGCAACGGCGCAUAUGAUGGAAGAGCCCGUGACACCCGAGUGAGCGAACCAGUGCACAGUCCCAUCCCAGAAGACAAGAACGUGGAUGUGGAUAACUCAGUGGAGAGGGUCCCUGAAGACUUGGCAGGGAGGGUGUGUUAUGAGCUUGAACCUCUUGUUCUUUCGUGAGAGUUGACAACACCGUGAGAUUUUCCUUAAUGUAAGAAGAACAGUAAGAGUCAACUGUUGCCCCUGUAAAUACACCAAAACCAAUAUCACUGUACAAAUACUUCUACAUCACAUCACUGUAAAACUAUGGCAACAAAGUUAAAAGUUAGAAGUAAAUGACAAAUGUUAAUCUGCUUUCAAGGAUUGAAAUCAGGAAGAGGAAAACUGUUUUAACAUCUGUGUUUAUGGAGACAAAGUCCACCCACUUUGCAUUAAGACAUGCUUUGUUUUUUCUUUUAAAGAUUGCAUGUAAUAAGUUCAUCAUUUGAAUGAGUUUCAGAUAUAAUACCUAUGUAAACAGGGAGAUUUCUCUUUAUUUUUCAUGCUUAUUCCUGCAAAGCUUUUUUUUUAUUUCAUGAUAGGUUGUGCCAAUCACAUCACUGAGAUCCUUUGAUAUGUUGAAAAUGCUGUUUUCUUGUCUUUGAAUUGCAUAAUUAAUUGGUGUUUUUUAGCAAAUGUGAAUGCUCUUCAAUAAAUUUGUACUUCUUUUA